AUGAGAUUCGAGGUUCUCAUCCUCUUGGCGGCCAUCGUCAUGGCACACCAUCCCUGGGAACGAAUGCAAUCCAAUACAAGCGGUAUAGCUACGCAAAACUUCAUCCAAAAGGUCAAUCACACCGUUGAUGCCGGCUCCGCCACUUUCAAGCAGCGCUAUCAACUCAAUACGCAACAUUUCGAGCCAGGGGGUCCAAUCCUCUUCAUACAAAGCGCCGAAGCUGGGAUGCCGCCGAUUAACGCUAGCGACUUUAUGGAUUAUGCCCCGAAGCUAAAGGCGCUCGUUGUGAUGCUCGAACAUCGCUUCUUCGGCGACCUACGUGACGGCAGUUACCCGCCGGGAUUCAACCCAAGGAAUAUGUCGAUGGAAGCGUUUAGUUCGCUAACGUUGGAUAAUGUGCUUCAAGAUGGGGUCAAUUUUGUCAACUGGAUCAAGGCGACUGUCAUAGGUGCUACUAAUAGUAGAGUGAUUUAUGGUAGUUCUUCAUAUGGCGGCUUCCUAGCGGUCUCGGCACGUAUGCGUUAUCCGGAUACAUUUUACGGAGCGAUUGCCUCUUCACCCGCCUUGAACUCGUUUGGUCCUACUGGCUCUAACCGAUAUAAAUUUGAUUCAGCUAAAUGGGCGAGCAAUAUUUAUGAUGACGUGUCGAAAAAUGCAUCCGUGAAAAUAAAAAUGGCGAUGUUAGCAUUCAAGAAGUGCAUUGCAGAUAAUACUUGCGAUGCGGUUAUCCCUGAUCUCAACGUGUGCAAAAAUUCAACCGUCCUAGGAUACGAAAGAUUGUACAACGCGGUACUCCAUACAUACCUCGCCGUGUCGAAAUUCAAUUAUCCAUGGGUUGAGAAGUAUCCAUCUACAUACCCCUUACAAGAUUUAGUAAAGCAGACACUCGAAGCGAAUUCGGCCGGUCAAGUCUUGCGUAUUCCACUCCUCGCAGCUUCAUGGGCUAACGGAUCGUUUUGUAUCGAUGGGUUUAAUGGGAACAUUUCUAAAGCGAGCCAAGGGAAUAUAGCAAGCAAUCAGCCAGCAUUCGGCUAUGUCAUCUGUGACUACUAUCCGAUCAACGACAGGUCAGUUCCGUCCAAUAAUAUGUUACCUGAGACUUUCGCGCGUGGCGCCGUGGACCUUUGCUCCAACUCCGCCUGGAAAUCGGCCGACUAUAGCAGAGAAAACGAGUACUUUCUUCAGAAGUAUGCUAUCACGAACGAUCUUCUCGAUACAACAAACCGGCUCCUCAUUGUUCAGGGCCAAUACGAUCGCACCACAGCUAUCGGAUCACCCAUUUUGACGGUAACGGACAUGUUGAAUCAUUCAAGAGUGAUAUUGGUGAAUAACACAGCACAUGCGGAGGACUCAGUCUCGGAGGCCAUCGAACCUAGAGGGAUGAAACCAGAAAUGGACCAGAUUCGAGAUAUCAAGUUAGCGCACCUAAAGGAAUGGCUCGGACAGGGAAAUCAGACACAGGCAUCAGCUCGUCAAGGUCAACUUUAUACUAGUCAACAUGGCCUCCGAUACACCAGCGCGUCUAUCACAGUCAAAUCCAUCAAACGACCAGUUCACGUUGUUCCCUCUGCUACCGGCCGAAUUGCGCAUCCAAAUAUGGGAGGAAUCCUUUCGUCACCAACGCAUGGUGGUUAUACAUUCCGAGAGAUUCAACAUCCCAUUCGAAGGGACCAGAUAUCCUCCCCCGCGUUAGCCCAUUUCAGGGUCGCUUUGCCUCUGUACAACCCUCCCGGGACUCUCAACUCGACUUUCCAAGAGCCCACCAAGCGUAUCCUGUACAUCGCACCAGGUUCGGAUCUUAUCGCUACGCCGGGAAGGGUCGGCAUGGUACGCCUCGCGAAUCUGUUGAAGGCGGCACGGGACUUAGACCCAAAAGGCCAGGGAAUACGCAGCCUCGCUUUGCCGUUAGCUAACUGGCUGCGGGUCAAGUACUCGCGAAUGACGAAUCUGGAGCCUUGGAUGCGGGAGCUGUACAAGGGGUUCGAUGAGCUCGUCUUACUGAUGUACGACGAGAGGAAGCUUCCUACCGGCUUAGACGACGGCGGGCAAUGGGAGAUCGUGGAGGCCGAGGAUGUGGGACCGGCUUCGACGCUCAUAAGGAGAACGCCGGAUAUGUCUAAUUGGGAAGUUGAGGGGUAUGCGUGCAUGUCUCUCAUGUUCCAUUACAUGUCCCACAAAUUUCUUCAGUUUUAG